CCUCCUCCAUACUAUUAUAGCUCACCACCACUACCCAAGGAAUCGCCUCCUCCACCAUAUCACUACAGUUCCCCACCACCACCAAAGAAGUUACCUCCAACUCCAUACUACUACAAGUCUCCACCACCACCACCAAAGAAGUCUUCUCCCCCACCAUACUACUAUACUUCACCACCACCACCAACUCAUUACUAUCCUCCACAUCAUCAAUUUGUUGUCAAAGUUGUCGGCAAAGUCCAUUGUUUUAGAUGUUACAACAGGAAGCACCCAGAAAUGUCUCACGGCAAAAAGCACCUUAAAGGUGUUGUUGUUGAAGUGACUUGCAAGGCUGGUGACAAGAAAAUUGUGAGUUAUGGUACCACUAAGCUCAAUGGAAAAUUUAGCAUCACAGUUGAAGGAUUUGAAUAUCGCAAAUAUGGAGCAAAGGCUUGCAAGGCUAAACUCCACAAUGCACCAAAGGACUCAAAGUGUAGCAUUCCUACAAACCUUCAUUGGGGAAUUAAGGGUGCUGACCUCAAAGUGAAAUCAAAGAAUAGUUAUGAAGUUGUACUUUAUGCAAAACCAUUUGCUUAUGGAUCUAAGACACCUUAUGCAGACUGCCAAAAGCCCAAGCCUACACCUGCUCCAUACUAUUAUAAAUCUCCUCCACCUCCAUCACCGACUUAUGUGUACAAGUCACCACCUCCUCCAUCACAAAAGUAUGUGUACAAGUCACCACCUCCCCCAACCCCGACAUACAUUUAUAAGUCUCCACCACCACCUGCUUACUAUUACAAAUCACCACCACCACCAACUAAGUCUCCACCACCUCAGUAUUAUUACAUGUCUCCACCUCCACCAUCACCAAAACCUGCACCAGUAUACUAUUAUAAAUCACCACCACCCCCAUCACCAUCACCACCCCCACCUUACUACUAUAAGUCCCCGCCACCACCAUCA